GCCUGGCAGUUUGGUCUGGAGCAGCUGAAACCGGUUUGAGCGGAGGCGCUUCGCACCGCUCGGCACCGCCGCGGGCCGCCUGGAGGAGCGCUGGCGAGGCGCGGACGGCGGACGCCCGGCACCUCGGCCCGCGGCCCUCGCCCUCGGCCGGACACGCGGAGCCCGCAGCUGGACAUCCUGAAGUAACUCCAUCAGAAUGACGCCGUGUCGGGUCACCUUUGAAAUAAGAGGAACUCUUUUACCAGGAGAAGUUUUUGCAAUAUGUGGAAGCUGUGAUGCGUUGGGCAACUGGAACCCUCAAAGUGCUGUCACUCUUCUUCCAGGGAAUGAGACAGGCGAAAGCAUGUCAUGGAAAGUAACCGUUGUACUCAAUAGAGGAACAUCAAUUCAGUAUCGCUACUUCAAAGGGUGCUUUUUAGAACCAAAGACUAUCGGUGGUCCAUGUCAAGUCAUAGUUCACAAGUGGGAGACUCAUCUACAACCACGAUCAAUAACCCCUUUAGAAAGUGAAAUUACUAUCGACGAUGGACAGUUUGGAAUUCACAAUGGUGUUGAAACUCUGGAUUCUGGAUGGCUGACAUGUCAGACAGAAAUAAGAUUACGUUUGCAUUAUUCUGAAAAGCCUCCCGUCUCAAUAACCAAGAAAAAAUUGAAAAAAUCUAGAUUCAGGGUGAAGUUGACACUGGAGGGCCCAGAGGAAGAUGAUGACGAUAGGAUUUCCCCCACUGUCCUUCAUAAGAUGUCCAAUACCCUGGAGAUCUCGUUAAUAAGUGAUCAUGAGUUCAAGUGCAGGCACUCCCAGCCCGAGUGUGGCUAUGGCUUACAGCCUGACCGCUGGACCGAGUACAGCAUCCAGACAAUGGAACCAGAUAACCUGGAACUGAUCUUCGAUUUUUUUGAGGAGGAUCUCAGUGAGCACAUAGUUCAGGGAGAUGCCCUGCCUGGACAUGUGGGUACAGCGUGCCUCUUGUCGUCCACCAUUGCUGAGAGCGGGAAGAGCGCUGGCAUCCUCACCCUACCCAUCAUGAGCAGGAACUCCAGGAAAACAAUUGGCAAAGUGAGGGUUGACUUUAUAAUUAUUAAGCCAAUACCAGGAUACAAUUGUGAUAUGAGGUCAUCAUUUUCCAAGUACUGGAAGCCGAGAAUACCAUUAGAUGUUGGACAUCGAGGUGCAGGCAACUCUACAACAACUGCCCAGCUGGCUAAAGUUCAAGAAAAUACUAUUGCUUCCUUAAGAAAUGCUGCAAGCCACGGUGCAGCCUUUGUAGAAUUUGAUGUUCACCUUUCAAAGGACUUUGUGCCUGUGGUAUAUCAUGAUCUCACCUGUUGCUUGACUAUGAAGAAGAAAUUUGAGGAUGAUCCAGUUGAAUUGUUUGAAAUCCCAGUAAAGGAAUUAACAUUUGACCAACUCCAGUUGUUAAAGCUCUCUCAUGUGACUGCACUGAAGUCAAAGGAUCGCAAAGAAUCUGUGGUUGAGGAGCAAAGUUCCUUUUUGGAAAAUCAGCCGUUUCCUUCUCUUAAGAUGGUUUUAGAUUCUUUGCCGGAAGAUGUAGGGUUUAACAUUGAAAUAAAAUGGAUCUGUCAACAAAGGGAUGGAAUGUGGGAUGGUAACUUAUCAACAUAUUUUGACAUGAAUCUGUUUUUGGAUAUAAUUUUAAAAACUGUCUUAGAAAACUCUGGCAAGAGGAGAAUAGUGUUUUCUUCUUUCGAUGCAGAUAUUUGCACAAUGGUUCGACAAAAGCAGAACAAAUAUCCCAUAUUAUUUUUGACUCAAGGAAAGUCUGACAUUUACCCAGAACUCAUGGACCUCAGGUCUCGAACAACUCCCAUUGCAAUGAGCUUUGCACAGUUUGAAAAUCUUCUAGGGAUCAACGCACACACUGAAGACCUGCUGAGGAACCCGUCCUACGUGCAGGAGGCGCGAGCCAAGGGGCUGGUUGUGUUCUGCUGGGGUGAUGAUACCAACGACCCGGAAAACAGAAGGAAAUUGAAGGAAUUUGGCGUCAAUGGUCUUGUUUAUGAUAGGAUAUAUGAUUGGAUGCCUGAGCAGCCCAAUAUAUUUCAAGUGGAGCAGUUAGAACGGCUGAAGCAGGAACUGCCUGAACUGAAGAGCUGUCUGUGCCCCACUGCUAACCGCUUUGUCCCUUCUCUCUGCGGGGAGCCUGAGAUCCACGUGGAUGCCAACGGCAUUGAAAGCAUGGAGAACGCAUAGCUCAUUGCGGACCCAUUUGGGUACUGGCCCUCCAUCGCCAAGCAUUGCUUAGCUAUGCCUGCCGGUUUCUCAGUCCAAUGAAGCAAUAAUGAAGUAUUUUAUUCUUUCACUACAGUUCUUGCAAGAAUUUCAAGUAUACUAUUGAAUCACUUGGCCAGGUAUAAUUACCAGUCAGUCUCUUUACAAUGAGAAAAUUUAUUGGUUAGUAAAUGUUUUGAACUAAACAUGUAAACCUAUGAUGCUAAAUAAAUAUCCUUAAAAGCGUAGCACUUUGACAUUAGCUAUAGCAAUAGCGAUAGCUCAUAUUUACCUGCUGACAACUUCUCAUUCCAUCAGGUCUUAAAUCUAGCACUUGAGGAAAAUGACUAUGCAUAGUUAUACCUGACCAUGAGAAAAAGAAGUACCUCAGAUGCAUGCAUUUGCACUGGUGAUUCCCACCUCCCGAGCCCCUGUGCCAUCUGUGUACAUAGGCCUUUUUUUACAUGGGUUGGCAUGCACACAUCAUUUUCAUUCAGGAUGAACCUUGGGGCUGCUGCCGUUUUUCCACUUAACCAAACCGCCUGGAGGUGAACCUUGGCGUUUGUUUCCUAAGUCUUUCAGAAGUUGUUUUGCAAAAAUGUCGAAAUUCCAAAAUGCUGCAGGGUAACUUAAUGUGUAGAAUAGUUAGAUUAUGUACUGCAUGGCUGGUAGAGUAGAUCGCAGUGUACAGAGUCCGCUGGGUGCGUGCUUUAGGGUUCCAGCCCGGGAUUGUACGCGUUUACCGUCGAGUCCUGCAUCUGUGGUGCUAGGCGAGCGUAAGAAGAUGCCAAGGACGCCCGAAACAACAGCCUGUUUGUGGGCAUAUUAAAUGUGCUGAUUUUAAGUUUCUCACUACCUUUUACACACCAUUGCUUGCGGAUUUGUGUGUGUGUGUGUGUGUGUGUUAUAUAGUACUUUAAAUCUCCAUGCAGAAAAAUAAAUGUCCUGAAUUCUCAUAUUGGUUUUCUUUAUUAGUAAAUGCAUAUCAUGCAUGUAAUUUAUUUAGAAAUGUAGAAACUUUACUGAAUGCUUAUGCAUGUUUUUAGGAUUGUACUAAGGUUUCUUUCAUUAGAAAUAGAUAAUGUUAGCGUAACUGUAACUUUAAAAAUGAAUGUUAAAUAAAAUGACAUUUAUUUUCUUCAUUAUGAAAUGGGA